UCUCACCUUCUUUCUUUAGUCCAAGUGCUGGAGCACGUUUGAGUGACCAUGGAGUGCGUUUGCUGUCAUGUAGUUCAGCGUUAACACGGCGUGAAGAGUACAAGAGGGGGGACUUGUGUGUUUUUUUUCCCCCAGGAUAUCCAAGACGGCGAGCCAUGGCCGCACAGGAGGAAGCCGAGCUCUCGCACAGUAAAAGCAGGCACCAGGACGGAGCUGGGAGUGUAAACAGCUCGGAGGGCUUCAGGAACGGCUAUGUGAAGAGCUGCGUCACCCCCCUCAAACAGGACCCCCACAGGGGGGUUUUAUUCACCCUCUGCAGCUUUUGCAACGAAGACGUGUUCAAUUCAAAACUACUGAAGGUUCCAGCCCUCUACGUGGGCGCGUUGGUGAUUUUCGCCGCGUCCCUGCUGCUUUCCAAGACCUCGCAAAGUGACUCUCUGUGGGAUUUGCGGACUUUCCUGUCGGGCUUCUCGCAGUCCGUCAGCCCGCUGUUCAGCAUAGGAUGUGCCUUCUUCUUCCUCACGUUCUACCUGCGGAGGGAGCAGCGGCAGAGCGGCCGUUGCUGGCUGCUGUCGCUGCCGGCGUCCUGCUACCUGGGGGAUUUUGUGGUGCUGCGGUUCCUGCAGUGGGGAGGAGGAGAGGACCAGCAGCAGAUGCAGAUGCAGAUGGUGGGCAGGUUGCUGUUCGUGCUGGGCUGCGUGGGUCUGCUCACGCUCCUGCCGGCGCUCAGACUGAAGCACAGCGUGCUGGUGCUGCUGUUCGCCAGCGCCGUGUGGCUGCUGUCGUUCACCAGUCUGAGCGCUCUCCCCGCCGGGCUCAGACCUCUCUUCGCCGGCUUUGCCGGGGUCUCCGGCUCCCUGCUGGGGCUCGGGUUUGACCACUACCACCCGAGGAGGAGGGAAGAGCCGAGCGGGGUGUCCGGCAGCGGGGAGGAGAAGGUGCCCGUGAUCAGACCCCGGAGACGCUCCAGCUGCGUCUCUCUGGGGGAAACCUCCACCAGCUAUUAUGGCAGUUGUAAAAUGCCCCGCAGACCUUCGCUGCCCUGCAUAUCUAGAGAGCAGAUGAUCUUAUGGGACUGGGAUCUGAAACACUGGUACAAGCCACAGUAUCAGGGUGCGGUGAGUGGCAGCGGCGUGGAUCUCUCGGUCAUCAACGAGGCCAGGAAUGUGGUGUCAGACCUGCUGAUGGACUCGUCUCUGUGUCCGAACACCGUCACAGCUCUGCGCAGCGUCUCCAGCCUCUUGGGGACAUUUUCGGGUUCGUGCCGGCCCAGGGUCAAUCCCUUCACCCCUUUCCCAGGUUUCUACCCCAUAGAGGUGGAGGACUCUGUGGAGAGGAGUGACAGGAAAAGCAUAAAGGGUUUGAGCAGCAGAAACAGCCUCCCUACCCCUCAGCCCAGGCGGAGCUCUACCUCCUCCACACCCUCUGCAUUCCCUCCGCUGGACUCCUCCUCUUCACGCUGGGAGCGUAGCAACGGGAAGAGACCGCACUCUGACCUCAGCUCGAGCAGUUCUGGUCUAUCCAACGGACCCAAUCCAAACCUGCUCACGAUUCCCAAGCAGAGAUCUUCCUCUGUGACCCUCACGUACCAUGCUGGGCCUAGGAGAGCAGGCACAUCCCCCAGCCUGAGCCCCGUCACCUCACCAAGCCACAGUCCUCUGGUUGUUGGCACGGGUUCCUCAUCAUCGCUUGUCACUCGGUCGCCUGUGGAGUUCCCAGACACGGCGGACUUCCUGACUAAGCCGAGUGUCAAUCUGAACCUGCACAAGCCCUUGGGUUACACAGUCAGCUCCACCGAUUUUCAGCAGACCUUCCGCAGCUCUACCUUCCCUCUCUGCAACAGCUGUGGUCGUCAGAUGUUCAAAGGAGUUUCCAGCAGUGACACAGUGGAGUCUCAUCAACAGUUUACCAGCGAGGCUCAACGAAGGCGCUCAACAGGUGAAGGGCUGGAGUUCCCAGGGGAGUCUUUCAUCAGGGAGGAGAGCACAGAGUUGGAUAUGUCUGAAGAAGGGAGGCCAGCUGCUGGAGGAGACCAGGGGUUGUCAGAGGAGGAGGAGAAGAAGAAGAGCCCGAGCACAGACCAGCAGACGCCCAAAUCAGGGGAUGAGCAGGAGUUCCGGGUAGAUUCCAUGCUGGAGGACCACGAGGCUCUAAUGGAGAGAAUGAACACCUGGAACUUCCAGAUCUUUGACCUGGUGGACGUAACCGGAGGGAAGACCGGAAGGAUCCUCAGCUGUGUCACAUACACACUUUUCCAAGAUAUGUGUCUUUUUGAAAUAUUCAAGAUCCCCGUGAGGGAGUUCAUGUCAUACUUCCAUGCUUUGGAAAGUGGAUACAGAGACAUUCCCUAUCAUAACCGGGUCCAUGCUACUGAUGUUCUCCAUGCUGUUUGGUACCUGACCACUCAACCAAUCCCUGGGUUCCAGCAGAUCCACAGUGAGCAUGUAACGGGGAGUGACACAGAUUCAGAUAGUGGAAUCUCUCCAGGCAGGAUAUCCUACGCCUCCUCCAAGAGUUCCUCAAUUUCUGAUGACAGCUAUGGCUGCUUGGCCUGGAACAUACCUGCCUUGGAGCUCAUGGCCCUUUAUGUAGCAGCUGCAAUGCACGACUAUGACCACCCCGGUCGCACAAAUGCCUUUCUAGUAGCCACUAAUGCACCUCAGGCGGUGCUGUACAACGACCGCUCAGUGCUGGAGAAUCACCACGCUGCAUCCGCCUGGAGCCUCUACCUAUCUCAGCCCGAGUACAACUUCCUGGCGAACCUAGAUCACGUGGAAUUCAAGCGUUUUCGCUUCCUCGUCAUUGAGGCAAUACUGGCCACAGACCUCAAGAAGCACUUUGACUUUCUGGCUGAAUUUAAUUCAAAGGUGAAUGAUGUGAAUAGUCCAGGAAUUGAUUGGACCAACGAGAACGACAGGCUCCUGGUGUGUCAAGUGUGUAUCAAGCUGGCAGAUAUAAAUGGACCGGCCAAAGUCCGAGACCUGCACCUCAAGUGGACGGAGGGCAUCGUCAAUGAGUUUUAUGAGCAGGGAGAUGAAGAAGCGAGGCUGGGCUUACCCGUCAGCCCCUUCAUGGACCGCUCCUCCCCGCAGCUGGCCAAGCUACAAGAGUCCUUCAUCACUCAUAUUGUCGGACCGCUGUGUAAUUCCUACGAUGCUGCUGGCCUGCUCCCUGGCUUCUGGAUUAACGGAACAAGAUCAGAUGAAGAUGAUGACGAGGGACAGGUGGACAUAGACACAGAUGAAGAGGAAGAUGAGGAAGAUGAGCUAGAGGAUGAGAUGACCCCAGGGAGGACAAAAAAUCGCCGCAGGUUGUUCUGCUGCAUCAUGCAGCACCUGACGGAGAACCACAAGGUUUGGAAGAAGAUCAUAGAGGAGGAAGACAAGAGCAAAGAGCUCGGCAAACAGCAGAAGCAGCAGCAAGACAUUUUGCCCACCUCCCCGUCAGAUGACAUCCAGGUCAUCCAGGAGGAAGAGGAGGGAGAGGAGCGUCAGUAGCAGGAGGACAAAAGAAGGAAAAAAUGAAAAGGAGAAGCUGUGUAUGGACACGAGUCCGUCGACCGCCUGCCUUUCAUUGACAUUAAAGACAGACAAGUUGAUAAAUGCACUUGAAACACACUUUGGUCCUUCACAACACACACACACACACACACACACACACACACACACACACACACACACACACACACGUAUUGAAAGAUUCACUGUGCAGACAUUUAGAUGCUUCAUCAGUCAUUGUAUGUGGAGAAACAAAAAGGCCUUACUACUGUGAGCGGAUCCUUACUGCAACGGUGGGGGCCCAACCCCUAUGCACUUUUACCCCAUGGAGAGUGCACCCAGAAAAAAAAAGAAAGCACCAGAACUGAGAAGAAAGGUGCACGAGAAGAGUGUGGACGGACGGGGGUCCAGCAUUGACUUGCCCUCCAUGGUAGCCUGGCUGUGAUGCUGCCUUGAAUACAAAGCGCUUGAUUCUUAACACCUCCCUAAGGUACAGAACUAUUCCUGUAUAUCUGAACAUGAAAGGUGGAGGAAAAAUACCGACGCCGGCGGCAUCAUGAAGUGAUUUGAUACCCUUUACCAAAGUGAACUGUUCAUUCUCGGAAAGACACGAGACUGAAGCGGUUUCAGCCUCAAUGUCAGGUAUAUUUUUAAAUUAUAUAUAUGUAUAUAUUUAAAUAUAUGUACAUAUAUAUGAUGUGCCUGUCUGAACCUUUACUAAGUCCGUAUUGGCCCAGAGCCUUGGCUUGUGUAGUUCUCUCUCCUUGCUGGCGACACGAAACACUGUAUCAGACUCAGUCACAGAGACAUUGUUGACAUGUUGACUGAUAAUUAUCAUCAUAUCUGCAUCAUUUUUGAUGCUUUUAUUCAUGUGUACCACCUCUCUCUCUCUCUCUCUCUCUCUCUCUCUUAUUUUUCUUUAACUCUGUUCUGUGGGUGUGUGGAUAUUUCUGGCAGGAAUGUGAUGGAGAGAAUGGGCAGAGAGAAAGAGAGCACAUUAUUUUUAAUUAUUUUAGUAUGUAAUUUGUGUGUGUUUGUGUGUCCUUUUUUUUUCUUUUUUUUUAAAUAAUUUUUGGUUUUAAAUCAGCGAGAUGUUCCUAUAUUGUUAAACAUUAAGAUCAGGAGUGCUGAUUCAGUGAAUGGAUUCUUCAUGUUCCUUUUUAAUUACAAGUAUUUUUUUAAAGGUUACUCAGGAUUCACGCAAGAGUUUAAUAAUUAUUUUGCAAGAACUUAUGUCAUUAAUAUGAAAAAACACACAAAACUGAGAAAAUUAAAAUUUUGGGUGACCGACGUAGUUUGUAAUCUCUUAAUGAACAACUUGACUACAAGCAAAUUCAAGCAAUUUAAAUCCUCUGUGGCAGAGGAGCAUACAGUAUGUGCUGUCUCUUGGCCGUUUGUACACUGUUUGCAUAACCUCUUUACAACCUCACUGGAGAAAAGGUUAUCUUGAUUGUCGGCAGACUGCAAAUGUCUCUCCUGCAGCAACGCAACACAAACAGUUUUGCAGUUCUAUAGCAGUAUAUGAGUCUUGUUUUUCUUUAUUUUUUUUAAGCAACUGUACAAAGUCUAAAUGUGUGUUUUGGGUUAGUUGGCAGAAACUGAUGUUAAGACAAACUAAAUGCACUUCUGAUUUACUUUUCCCUUAUUAUUUUAUUUUAUUUUUUUAAGAUUUUUUUCUGAAUACACAAACCGGCCAGUUUGUAAAGAAGGGAUGCAGGGUUUCAUGUCACUUUUGUUUUGUUUUUCUCUAGCUAUAUAUUUUAUGAGGUGCCACGAGGCAGACUAAAAACGAUUAAUUCCCUCAUUUAUGUCUCAAAACAACUCUUGGCAUUCCACUAGAAUAAGACGUUUUAUCGAAGGGAAGGCAGAAUUGCUGCCUAGCUCCUUUAUCAGCUUAUUGAAAUCACAAUCACUGCAGAAAAUGUUAAAUAAGCAGUGUAAAUUGACAUUAUAAUAUUUAAAGAUAAAAAAAAAAUAGGUACAGAUGUGCACAUUUUAAUACCAAACAAGUGUUUAGCCACUGUACAAAAGAGAACAUGCAUAUAAAUAUAUAUAUUUUUGAAUAAUCAAAUGAAUGCAUUUGUUUUCUACACACAGCUGACACAUUGUACAUCCUGUAAUUGCCUUUGUGUUUCCAGAGUGUUUUAUCUCUUUCCAGAUGUGGAACUUGUGGGGGCUUUUUAGUUAGAUUUUCCGAUUUUGUUUUCAGCCUCUGCGCGUUCCGUGUCAUAACCACUCUCAUCUCCACUACCAACUCUCUCUGUCGCUGUUGUAUGACUCCACCCGGCUAGUGCCACACGUUACCUACACAUAGUACCUUGCUGGCUGCGGCGUGCCCAUAGGCAGCAUUUCUCCAGGCUCCAGUACUGUUUGUGUGAGAGCAGCGCUUGAGUCAAAUCCUGCACGGGGAUCAAAGUGGCAGUGGCGGUAGCGAGACUCAGAGUUGGACUCAGGUUAGAGCCUUAACCAUUCUGACUAAUCCCUCAUCAGUUUUUUUUUUUUUUUUUUCUCCCUUUCACAUGGACCCAAGCUGGAUCAUAAAUCCUUGGUAGCUCCAGACCUGACAUAUUCUGGCUCAUUAAGUUGUAAAUGUUUGUUGGCUUCUCACUGUUCAGUCUUUCAAACCACAGUGUCCUCCGAUGAUUGUGCCAUAAAUACGUCUAUGAAUGGUUGUUACCCUUAUGUAGCAUCAAUGUACGUAUGCUUGUCUAAUGUAACCAUUCACCCUUAUCUACAUUGUGGGGACAACAGAUAUUUGUUGUUAUUUAUAGCUGUCAUAAAACACCAUCCCUAAAGUA